AUGCACCACCGCCUCACCACCCUCCUCACCCUCCUCCUCCCGACGGCCCGAGCCUGCAUCCUCUUCAACGCCACCCUGCACUACGGCGCCAAAACCGCCAACACAGCCGCCGGAGCAAUCGCAGUCCUCAACCAACCCAGCGCCUCCAAAGCCCGCGACCUCCGACUAGACCUAAGUCUCUGGGACGACACGAACAACGAUUUCGUCGUCGACGCACUCAAAGACUCCUUCUGCAGCGGCACCGACCUCGUUCCCUACGAAGAUAAUUCCUGGGUCGUACCCUGCACUCCGGCAGAACGAGGCGUGGAAUUGGAUGUUCAUUGGGAUCCGGAUAUUACCGAGGGUGGCGUGCUGGUGAAUGUGUUGAAGUAUAAUAAUCCGAGAGUGCAGGCUGAACAGAAUAAUGAUCCGCAGAAGGAUUUGGUGUAUACGUUUCAGGUGCUGAGUAAGGAGGAAAAGGGAGAGUUUUUUGAGGCGAGUAUUUUUUGUAAUGAUUGUAAGGAUGAGAGUGGACAGGGGGUCAAGUGUUGA